AUGACUGUCAGUAAUACAAAGGAAGGAGGAAACCCUGAUGAAAUUUCAGUCAGUCCAGACACCCUAAACAGCAGAACAUCAAAGAGGAUUGGGAAAGGGCACAGAAUUGAGGAUGGUGAGACUGAAGACUCUACAGAAGAGGAUUUUGCUGGAAAGCAGGAGGAUAUUGAAGCUUUUGUUGACCAGGUUCAGGAUACCGAAGUAACGAACGUGUCAGAAAUGGGGUACGCUGACUGUGCAGAGGCAGAAGCUGUUGUGGACAAAGCCAAUGAGUGUAUUUCGGACUCCACGUCAGUUGAUAAAGAAUCAAAAGAGACAACAGAAGACCCAGCAGAGGGGGAACGAAUGCAAGUUAAUGAAGAAAUUGAACCAAUACCAGAAGAAUCAGAAAAGGAGAAUGUAGCUGAGAAUUCGGGGGAGGCUUGUAGUUCAGUUCCUACAGAGGAGAAGCCCCCUGAAGAUCCUCGGGUAUUGAUGCAAUAUAUGAUUGAUAUGGAUGCCAGCUAUAUGGAAGAGGAAAAUAAAACCAUGGUUCAAAUGGAGGACAGAAUUACGUUGGACGAGGGUAGUGAAAUAUAUCCGGAAGGACCCAAGAUGGAGACGGACUGUACACAGCCCACUGAGGAAAAAGUUGAUGCUGAGAAGAUGGACACGAUUGAAAGUAAUAGCAAGAUGGAAAGUUGCCAGCAGAAGCAUGAAGUAGAAGAGGGAGAGCCUGAGGGAACGGGAACGGAACCACUGCCAAGACUUGAGGAAUGUAAAACCAGUGCAAGGAAACCAGAAGAUGAAGGUUCUAACAAAGCAGAAAAGAGAGAACCUUCGAUUGUUGAGGGCAGUGAUCAGAAGAGCUCUGAGGAUGGAAAAGAUAUUAAGAAUGAGGCAAGUGAAAAAGAGGAACCAGGUUCCUGCAGACCUUCAGACGCUACUGGCAAGAACCUUUGGGUGAGUGGUCUGUCCUCCACUACCAGGGCAACUGACUUGAAGAACCUCUUCAGUAAACAUGGCAAGGUGAUUUGUGCCAAAGUUGUAACAGAUGCUCGUAAUCCUGGUGCACGCUGCUAUGGAUUCAUUACCAUGUUGACUCCUGAGGAGGCAACAGAAUGCAUCUCCUCCUUGAAUCAAUCUGAACUAAAUGGACAAACCAUCACUGUAGAAGUGGCUAAAAAUGAACCUAGCUGUAAGAAACGUACAGAGCAGAAAGGAGAAAAUGUCAACAAGGUCUCCAAACCAAGUUCCAACCGAAAAAGUGGGAAUGACAGAGAUCAUUCCAGAGAUAGGUCAUCUGUCAAUGGAAAAAGGGAUGACCGAAAGGACAGCGGAGGAGAUACCGGAACACUGGAAGAUGAUGUGAGAAAAGACAGGAGGAGGGAAAGAGAUGGCGGAUAUAGAUCAUACUCAAGAUUUCGAGGAUCAGAGAGGAGAAGUCGAGAGAGGAGGAGGACGAGGUCCAGAAGUCAUCAAAGAACAUCCUACAGCAGAGAUAGAGGAAGAGAUUUUAUGUCCUUUGAUAAACUUAUAUCAAUGAGAGAACGUGUGCGAGAACGACAUUGGGACCACAGGAGAGAUUUCUGGGAAACUGAGAGACACAGAGAACGAGAGAUGUGGGAGCGAGAAAGCUGGCGGGAACGUGAAGGUAGAGAAAUGCUGGAGAGGGAACGAGACCGCCUGCAGAUUGAGAGGAUGCGACUUGAAAGAGAAAGACUGGAGCGAGAGGCAUUGGAGAGGGAGAGGUUGCUCAUAGAAGAGGAGAGGAGACGAGAACAGGAGCGAAUACAUCGAGAGAAGGAAGAAUUGUUCCGUGAGAUGCACUAUGAGCAAUCUAUGAGGAGGACUUAUGACAGACCUUACGAAAGGCCAUAUGAAAGGUCUUAUGACAGGCCUUAUGAAAGACCAUAUGAUAGGCCUUACGAUAGCUUCAAUCGAGAUUGGAACAGUGAUCGCAGUCGGAAAAUGGACGGAUUUCCUGAUCGUUCCUGGCAAGGGCGCAUGGAUGAUGGAAUGAUGUCAAGGGAUCAUUGGCAAGGUGAUGAGCGGGGCAUGUCUGGCCAGUCUGGGACAAGUUACGGUGUUCACAGAGGAGGUGGAGGAGGACAGCGGAAGUGGUGUAACAUCAAUAUCUGAAAAAGCAUGAAACCCCAUAAUAACCCAGUGGACAGCAGUACACAACAAGGGUUGAUAGAAAUAAGUUUGCUGUGAGCAGUUUUAGCUAUCCAGCCUCUGCAUCCACCAUCUGCUUGGAUCCAUUUUGCUUCUUACCUAGAACUACUGUCACUUCUCAGUACUGUGUGUAGCACAUGUAGCCUGGGCUCGAGCUGGUGGUGCCAGCAGCAAAGAUUCAGUGUCACAUUACCCGCAGAAGGGAGAAUCGAACACCACUGCCUGUGAUGGCGCCUCUGUAGAGCUUACCCCUUCCCAGCCUGCAAGACUUUCCUUGGAAUGUUGCCUUAUUCAUUCCCAGGAUGCAGGAUAAGGCCAGCAUUUUGUGCCCAACAGAAAAUAGGUUUAGUCCCUCCGAGGCCCCAUUGCCAUGAGCGCAGAUGAAGUGAAGUGGUGUUAGCUGCAAUGAAGGAAAGGAAAACAGUUAGCAGAGAUGGUAUCUUCUCAGCAACCAAGAACCAAGGGACUUCAGCAGUUGACACAAGUGUGCAGUAAUGCACACACAAUCCAGACCCACACAAAAAGCCUGCAGUAUUCAAACAGGCAAUCCUGCGAUGACUUGGGAAACCAUAUGCAAGUGUCACUGGUCUGCACAACCUCCAAACUGCUGGACUGUAUUUCCAAAGAACUAAAAGUUGACAUGGCCAAGAUUUGGCACUUGCAGUGCACCUUCAGGCAAGAUGUUAAGUAUGUACCUGGCUGAAGCAGAUAGAUUUUUGGAUUCCAGAGGCGUCAAGCUUUUGCAAAGCUGUCACCAUCCUCCAACAUGGCUUGGAUUAAGAGCUUGGUACUGAAGUGUUGAUUUCGUGCCAAAUGUCACACCAGCUUUGGGUACUGUGGACCAAUAGGUGACGGUGUCCACCUGGGGGAAAAUCUGCUCGUCCUAUUUCCUGCCACAGUGCUCAGUGCUUGCAGAGACCCUCUGUCAGGUCAUCAGGAAUUCCGCCAGUUGGUUUGUGCAAGAGCACGUAUGGAUGAUUUUGUCGUGCACAAGGUAAGGGCAUGUGGAGCAAAAGCAGACUGACAGACAGAAGAUCAAGUCUAGAGGUAAAGGGCCAUUUUCAAGUUGACAUCCUGUAAUUAUAGGCAUUGGUGCUGGUCCCUUGGGUACUUACAAUCUACUUAAUGGAUUGGAUUAAGAAAUUGUGUGAUGUAUCCAAGUCUGCAGGUGAUGCAGAGAUGGUUGCACAUGCGAGUUGUGAGGAGAGCAAAUGAAGUCUGCAAACAGAUGUGGGCACGUUAAGCAGUGAACACUGCCAUUAUGUAUGGUCAAGGUCAAGACACGGUACCCAGCCAGAAAACAGAGUUGAGACCAAAGGUCAAAUCAGCCAUAAUACUGAAUGGCAGAGCAAGCUCGAGCAGCUGAAUGGCCAUCUCCUAGCUCUUCGGUUCUUUCUUGGUCCAGAAAUUGGUUAGCACUAACUGAGGAGUCAUCGACAUCUCCUCUGUGAUGUGUGACUGUGGUUACAGAUAACAGACCAGGACGUAUUCACAAUUCUUUCACAAUCCACAAUCACUUGGAGAAUCACACUCUGCCAUCAAAAUAUUAAAGUCAUAGUCGCUGUUCUACAUCUACGGAAGCUUUUGAAAGAAGUGCCUGUCCAUAAAUGCCUUGGGGCAGCUGGUGCUCUGGUUACCUGUUGUGGUCCAUGUGAAAGGACUGGUUUCAUACAACCAAUCGGCUGGCUGAACCACUGCGGUGGGAGCUGAGAGUGUUGUUUGGGCCUGGAGCCACACUGCAGUCCAGCUUGGUCAAGACGGCAGGUCUCAUUCCCCAACGAACAUUGUGAACCAUGUGGGUUUUGCAAAAGUCUGGUGGUUUCAUGUAUACCAAUACUGAUUCUGGCUUUUAAAUCUCAGAUUAGUUGAUUUUUAUUCAUUUUUGGGGAUCUGAGUGUUGCCAGCAAGACCAGCCCCAGUCUAAUUGCCCUUGAGGGUGGUGGUGAGCAGUCCUUCCGGUGAAGGUGCUCCCAUAGUGCUGGGGGUGAGGGAGUUCCAGGAUCUAGACCCAGCUGGGAUGAAGGGCGGUAUAUGCUCACUCUUGCAGUCUGCUCCAUGUGCCCUUACCUGGUGCAGUGGCCUUUUCUGUGGCACCUUCAGGGAGAGCCCCACAUUGCCCUUCCUUAUCCAUUGUAGGAAGCUGCACAAAAAAAUAAUCCACAUGUCCUUGCACUCUGGGUAAUGGUGCACUUGUUGGUUCUCUAUUUCCUGACCUCCGAUAGUGUAGCGGGUAGCGUAACACUAGUACAGAGCCAGCUUGCAGGCUGCCCCCAGAACACUCUACGCAAAAGAUGCAUUUCACUGUUUCCAUGUACAUGUGACUAAUAAAGAGAUCUUAUCUUAAA